CAAGCUACAGGGAACUUGAACCUUAUUAUACAGAUCUCUCAUCGCAAAAUGUUCAGAUUCAACUUCGACGUGGAGGACGAUACUACAAAUGUAGAUCACACAACACAAAACAAGGGGCCCGAUUCUAUGCAGGCAGUCGUCCCGGACACAUUCACAGAGCUUUUUCUCGUAGAUGUGCUAAACAGCCUACCAUCCAAAAUAUCUUACUCUCCAAUCACAAUCCCACUUGCCAGCGGAGGUGAACUUUCACUUCCACGCCGUGAUCUGUUCGAUGCAAGAUUUCAAUUGAUUUCACAACAUGCCGAUGACCCGGAUGCAUUGGAGCAAUCGUCUAUCAGCGCACGGCCUGCGCUGCACUUCUUAGAUGCACCCUCUGACCUUGUGCCUCUUGUCUAUGAGGGCGGCUUGAAGACUUGGGAAUGUAGUCUUGAUCUUGCUAGCUAUCUGGACGGCAUAAGCUCGCAGUUUGAUGUAAGCGGCAAGCGUGUGCUGGAGAUCGGAUGUGGCACAUCGAUACCGUCGCUGUACAUUCUUCAUCGAAUAUUUUCCUCCUCACCUUCUCAGAAUCAGACGCAUAUCCACCUCCAAGACUAUAACGCCUCCGUGUUGGAAUUGGUGACAAUUCCCAAUAUUAUUCUAACCUGGUACUCUCCUUUGGAGUUGAACAUCUCGGAAGGUCUCAAAGACGCAUUCCAUCAGUCCUUGAUGACUUACGGACUCCAUUUGCGUUUCUUCUCUGGCUCAUGGGAUACCUUCGACCUUCGAACUUCAGGUGGGAGCUACAACCUGGUGCUAACAUCCGAGACCAUAUACCGGAUGGAGUCUCUUCCGAGCCUUGCUACUAUUAUGCGCGGUGCUUGUAACGCUGAAGGCCCCAAAGACGUGUAUGAUUACCUCUGCCUUGUAGCUGCAAAAGUGCUCUACUUUGGUGUGGGUGGCGGAGUAGAAGAGUUUGUGCGAUGUGUACGAGAUUUAGAUAAAGGAGGGACGGUUGACACUGUGUGGGAGAAAACACAGGGCGUCGAAAGGAGAGUAAUCAGCGUUAGAUGGAAUUGACAAUGUUAUUUGAUCCUUACCCGCGAGAUGACAGAGCGGGAUCAUGUCGAUGAGGAGGAAAACUGACGACGAUAAAAUAUCAAUAUUUAUUAGGAUUGUUAUGAACAGCAAAAAAUGUGGA